AUGACUUCCUCAAGAUCAAACACAACGUCAUCAACUCCUAACAAGUCCAGCCUCUCCAGAGCAUCUCCUUCGUCGAUGAAUAAUUCAGCCUCUGUGCUCACCCCGAGUGUUGCUCUCAAUAGAAUUCAACCAUCUGCCACUUCUAGACCACCCUCCUCUCAAUCAAACUCAAGCUCCACGGCAACUAUCUCCUCUAUUGCUUCCAAGGCAAAAACUUCCGCUGUGUCCUCUCCAAAGACCCCACUUAGCAGCAAUGGAUCUUCUACAACAACGACGGGAUCAGCAAGCAGCAGUGCAUCAAACAUCUCCACUACGGCCAACGCCAAUGGAGGACAGGUAAAUUUGAAAAGAACACCAUCCAAACAAGAGACAAAGGUUUCAGGUGCAAGUGGGGGAGGCAACACCCUAUCAAGUGUUCCCAUCGCCUCACCUCCUCCACUUGUUAGGAGCGAUUCCAAUUCGUCUCUGAAGAGCUCUACAUCCUCUACCUCUAAUGCGUCCUUAAAUACGAUGGCUUCCAAGAGAAAUGAUGAAAAAGAAACCCUAGAAAAACAACUGAAAGAUCUCCAGACCAGAUUGGAGCUGGAGAAACAAAAUAUGGAUCGCCUUAUUGCAGAGAAGGAGCUGGAAAUGAGGUCAUAUAUUUCCGGACAUCAAGACACUGCCGAAGAUAUUAGAUCAGAGCUGUUAAAGUUAGAAAAAACGAAAUCAGACCACGAAAAAACAGUGGAAAAGCUCACAAGAGAAAAGAUUGAAUUAGAAAAAAACAUUGACAAGCUUAAAUCGGAGUUGAACAGAACUUUGGCUACCUUACAAACGGCCCAAGUUGAAAAUGACACGCUUAGGAACGAACUUACAUCCAUGCGAGAAAGAAACGUGUCUCAGAUUGAGGUUUUGACUAACGACCUAAAAAGUACACAUCAACAAAUAACUCAGUUGCAAUCAGAAAAGAUCCAACUAGAAAACAGAGUACGAUCUCUUCAAACCGAGUUGUUGAACCAAUUAUCGGCUGAGACAGAUCAAGAAAAGAUUAAUGACUUAGAGAAUACAAUAUCUCUUCUUGAAAACGAGAAAAAAACUCUAAAAGCUCAAAUAGAAAAAUUGCAAGGCACCUUCAAAGAGGAAAUUAAGAAUCUUUCUAAUGAACGAGAUGAGCUCACAAAAGAACUUGUUUUUUCAAACAAUCAAAUAACCUUGAAUCUUGAUGAGAUUGAAAAAGUCAAGCACAAGAAUACACUCCUUGAGCAGGAUCUUUUCAACUCAAGACAAGAAUCCUCCUCCAUGAUAGACUUGCUUAAAGCUGAAAUCAGGAUCAAGUCAGAACAAAUUGAAUCUUUAAACAAUGAGCUAAUUUCUCUCAGAACCAUGUCUUUGGAAGGAGAAGAUAAGUCAAAUGAAAUAUCAUCCUUACUGUCGUCUGUGAGAGGACUUACUUUAGAAAACAACACUCUUAAACAACAGUUAGAAGAGUACAAAGAAAAGAAUCUCGAUUUGAUCAAUCAGCUGGAACUCAAAGAAGAGAUGAUCCAGGAGGAAAAAUCAGCCGUUCAAAGACUGAACAAAACAAUCGAAGAACUGAAAGCAACGUUGAAAGAGAUGGAAGGGUCGUUGAAAAUUGAGGUUAAUUUGAAAGAACAAUUAGCAUUUACUCUCUCAACAGAACAAAAAAGUAGAGAAAUGACAGAAGCAAGUGCCCGAGAGUCAACACGAAUUAUAUCAGAUUUGGAAGAGAAACUCUCUCAGGAAACUAACUCGAAACAGUACCUAAUAGAUUCGUAUGAAGAUCAAAUUGCUCAGUUACAAAAAGAUAUUGAAAAUUUGAAUCUAGCAAAAACAGAGUCAGAAGCUCAAGUACUUAAGUCGCAGUCAGAAAACAAAGUUUUGAAACAACAACUGCUGCAGGAAAUUGAAAGAACAACUCUGCUGAAAAACAAUAAUGAAAAAUCAGAAGAAAAGAUACUUUUCUUGGAGCAGACGCUUAAAAGAGAGCUAGAAUCGAAGAGCCACAACGAGGAUCUGUUGAAAACAGAAAUUGCAACUCUUAAUGAAUCUCUCACAAGAGAGCGUUCAACGGUAGAAUCCCUUCGAAAUUCUUUGGUAACAGAGGUUUCCGCUCAAAAAGUUCUUUCAGAGAAAAUUGUAGACCUAGAAGUUGCGUUGUCUACAGAGGAACGGGAAAGGAUGAAUGCUAUAAAGAAAGUUGAUGAUAUGAUUAUUGAGAAUGAAAGACUUCUCAACCACAUUUCAGAGAAUGAGAAGAAAAUGCACUACUUGGAGGAAUUAGUAAACCAAGAAAAAUCAUCUGCAAGCUCUAAAGAAGUUGAAAUCAGAGGAGUGUUAGAGAAGAGGAUACAAGAAUUAGAGUUACACUCCUUAUCUUUGAACAAUGAUAUUUCCAAACUCAAAGAAGCUGCUCAAUCUGAGAAAGAUCAGAGAAUGCAGUCAGAAAAAACACUCAAGGAUGAUUUCCAAAAACAAAAACGAAUGUUGGAAUCCAAAAUCAAUGAAUUGUCAGCAACAAAAGAACAAUUAGAAUUGUUACUUUCUUCUGAGAGGGAGAAAUUGGUUGCCCUGGAUCAUUCUUCAAAGAGAGAAAUCAAAAAGUUGCAAGCAUCUUUGUUAGGAGAAAAAGAUUUUAUCAUUACAUUAGAAAAGAGGUUAAAAGAAGAGCAAGACAAGAAUGCAGAACUUGUAAAACGCCUAGAAGAGUAUCAAUCAACUCGAACAGUCUCAACUGGUGCUUCCAAUUUGAAUGAUGAAUCUAGAAGCAAUAAGGGUGUUGAAAAAGACGAAGCGUCAACCGAUAAAAAGGACCAAGAAGAAAUCACUGUUACAUCCCCACAAAACACCAAGGAUAAGGCAGUUGGUGGUGUUUCGUUGAUGAUGGGCGUAUUUGGCCUGGGUGUGGGAGUUAUUCUACCGACUUUACUCCGUAAAUACGAAUUACUUCCUUCGUCGUUUGGUUUGUAA